AUGAAUUUAAAGAGAUUUUUCUCUCCAACAGGGGAACAGCCAGCGGUCCUGUCAGUUGGACUAGCUAUCUUUCUAUUGUUGCUAUUUGGAAUUAAUCAGAUGUAUCCUAUUAACCAAAAGCUAUCUAUGCAACCAGAGUCGUUGUUCACUUUUGAUAUUGGUAGACUUUCCAGUUAUCCUUUAGGCCAUAUGUCUAUCACGCAUAUUAUUUUCAAUAUUUUGGCUUUGAUUCCAUUAUUGAACAUUUUUGAAACUACUCAUGGGACUCUGUAUACUGGUGUAUUGUUGAAUAUCAGUGCAGUAGUAUGUGGUGUCAUGUAUUGUGUAGCAGGUCGAUUCCUAUACCCGGAAGUAUCUGUUCUUGGUGCUAGCGGUUGGGGGUUUACCUUUUUCGCUUAUUUCGCAGUUAAAGAAGCUAGUGUUAGGCCAAGACAAAGAUUGUUUGGAACUCAAUAUUCGUUCCCUACUUUGAUUGGUCCUAUUGUCACAUUGGCAUUAAUUGCUAUCUUUGUUCCGGGUUCUAGUUUCUGGGGUCAUUUAUUUGGAAUGAUAUUUGGUUACUUCAUGGGCUGGAAAGAAAACUGGGUAUCGAAAAUUGCACCACCAUCUUGGAUUCUAAUUAAGAUUGAAGGUUGGUUAUCCAAGCCAAUUGAUUUAAUUCCAUCCUUUGUGACAUAUCAUAAAGAAGAAUCCAUGAAUAGAGAUUCUGAUUAUAUUUCAUUUGUCGAUGAUUCGGAAAAUGGAUUGCCUUUACAUAACACAGAAGGAACUGUCUUAGGUACUGCUUAA